AUACAUAUAUAUGUGUAUAUAUAUGUAUAUAUACAUAUAUAUUCUUUUUCAGAUUCUUUUCCAUUAUAGGUUAUUACAAGAUAUUGACUAUAGUUCUUAUAUUGUGCUUUCUGUGACAUUCAGGUUCCGGGACUCAGGAUGUCUCUGGUUUAGAAUUCUCUGGCCAGGUGGUCCAGGCCUCAGGGGGUCUGUUAACUUAUCUUGCCCUGGAGAAACAACCUGAAUUCAUACAUUAAUGAUAUCUGUAAUAGCAACUUUAGUACAUUAACAGUGUUACUCACAACAGCAGCCUUAGCACAUUAACAAUGUUCUCAACAGCAGCAAUUUUAGUCAACUGACUCUGGUUGACUAGUGUUCAGUUAGCACAGGAUUGAAGUCAGAGGGGACAAGAAAGGGAAUAAAGUUUUGGAUAGACACAUUAAUCAUAAACUCGUAAGGGAACUCAGGUUUUAGAAAGACUCCGUUUCAAUAGGAUGGGAGGCCGGAAGGACUUGAGGGGCUCUGGCAGAGUGAAGCCACGAGGAUCUCCAGGCCACCUCCCUUCCAACCCUCCCCUGCCCCUCCCAACCCAGGAGGGGAGCUCUUCCCAGCGUCUCUGAAAGCGGGACCAGGUGUCCCCCACCUGAACGACGAGCCAGGUCCUGAGUGAUGGCCCCAAGCUGAGUGCCCAUGGCCCCACCCUUCCCCAUGGAGAAAGGACUCACUUUGCCCCAGGACUGCCGACACUUUCUGCACAGCCUGAGAAUGAGGAGCAAAUAUGCCCUUUUCCUGGCUUUUGUGGUGGUGGUUUUUGUCUUCAUUGAAAAGGAAAAUAAAAUCAUAUCAAGGGUCUCGGACAAACUGAAGCAGAUCCCCCAAUCCCUGGUAGAUGCCAAUAGCACCGACCCAGCCCUAGUCUUGGCCGAGAACGCAUCCCUCCUGUCCCUGAGUGAGCUGGAUUCGGCCUUCACGCAGCUGCAGAGCCGCCUGCGAAACCUCAGUCUGCAGCUGGGCGUGGCGCCGGCAGAGGAGGCUGCGGAGGAGACCGCAGAGUGGGAGCCGGAGCAGCAGCCGGAGUCCCGCCCACCCGCCGAGGCCCCGCCCCGGCGCCACUUGCUCCUCAUGGCCACCACCCGCACGGGCUCCUCGUUCGUGGGCGAGUUCUUCAAUCAGCAGGGCAACAUCUUCUACCUCUUCGAGCCGCUGUGGCACAUCGAGCGCACGGUGUCCUUCGAGCAGGGCGGCGCCAACGCCGCGGGCUCGGCCCUGGUAUACCGCGACGUGCUCAAGCAGCUCUUCCUGUGUGACCUGUACCUCCUGGAGCAUUUCAUCAUCCCGGCACCCGAGGAUCACCUGACCCAGUUCGUGUUCCGCCGGGGCUCCAGCCGCUCCCUCUGCGAGGACCCCGUCUGCACGCCCCUCGUCAAGAAGGUCUUCGAGAAGUACCCCUGCAAGAACCGCCGCUGCGGCCUCCUCAACAUGACGCUGGCCGCCGAGGCCUGCCGCCGCAAGGAGCACAUGGCAAUCAAGGCCGUCCGCAUACGGCAGCUGGAGUUCCUGCAGCCGCUGGCCGAGGACCCCCGCCUGGACCUCCGCGUCAUCCAGCUGGUGCGCGACCCCCGCGCUGUGCUAGCCUCCCGCAUGGUGGCCUUCGCCGACAAGUACGAGACCUGGAAGAAGUGGCUGGCCAAGGGACAGGACCAGCUGAGGGAGGAGGAGGUGCAGCGGCUGAAGGGCAACUGUGAGAGCAUCCGCCAGUCCGCUGAGCUGGGCCUGAGGCAGCCGGCCUGGCUGCGGGGCCGCUACAUGCUGGUGCGCUACGAGGACGUGGCCCUUAGGCCGCUGCAGAAGGCCCAGGAGAUGUACCGCUUUGCAGGCAUUCCCCUGACCCCGCAGGUGGAGGACUGGAUCCAGAAGAACACCCAGGCGGCGCACGACGGCAUCUACUCCACGCAGAAGAACUCCUCGGAGCAGUUUGAGAAGUGGCGCUUCAGCAUGCCCUUCAAGCUAGCGCAGGUGGUACAGGCUGCCUGCGGCCCCGCCAUGCGCCUCUUCGGCUACAAGCUUGUGCAGGACGCCGCCUCACUCUCCAACCGCUCCGUCAGCCUGCUGCAGGAGCGCGGCACCUUCUGGGUCACGUAGGGGACCCGGGGCGUUGAGCACCCCUCCUGGUGAAAGUCCCGCCUUGCCUGCCUCACCCAGGCCAGCUGGGAGACUGCAGCGCCGCCGCAGGGGUGGGCAGGAAGACGUGCAGGGCGUAGGUGGCGCCUGCGCUGUAGAAGUAGGCCCCCAGCCCGCUCGCUUCCCCGCCCCAGCUGUGGGCCUGGAGCUUCCCGCUGAGAACAGGACAGUGGCCGGUCCUUUUGAGGGCUGUCAAACCCAGACCAAGGGGGCUGUGGUCUCCUGAGCAGGCCCAGGCAGGCCCGAGCCUAUUGACAAGCCUUUCUCUUCUCUCUCUCCCUCUCUCUCUCUCUCCCUCUCUCUCUCUCACACACACACACAUACAUAUACACACACAGAAAUAUACAUGAAACACACAUAGGUGCCUGUAGACCCUGUGGGUCAGAGUCCACAAAUAUUUAACAACCGAAAGGGGUUUCAGACACUGACUAGUCACAGUCAGACCCCCUGCUGUACUCAGUGUCAACCUUUCAGUUUCUGAAUUUCUCCAUAAUCCAGUGUAGCAUCUGGGUGGGUCCCUGGGGAGAGGUGAAAUUAGCUCUAUAUAGAGCUACAGAACAAACAUACACAUAUAGACAAAUACCUACACUCACACCACACGCACAGGCAGAAGAACAUAAAAACACAAACACACACACACACAAAAUCUUCCCUGUUGCUUUAUGCUUUAUCUGUAUCACACACCUAAAGAAAAGCCUCUGGUUACCUUUUUAGAGUUAUUCGGGGAAGGGGGAAUGAUAUAUGGUCAUGGGCCAUGACCCUGUUCCCCAUCCAAGUUUGAGGCUGAACGGUGGAUACAGAACUGCCAAGUCCAUGGCCUCUGCCCACCUUAGAUUCUCGUGGCUACCUCCCCUGACCCAUUCAUGUCCUUGCUGCUAGCAGGCAGCAUGAUUUGAAAUGGAAUGGCUGACCCUCGUGUGAUUGCAGCCCGAAGGCCCUGUCCUAGCUCAAUUGGCUCCCCAAGAGCAGGUCCGUUUUGAAAGCUGCCUCAAGCCUGACGGGCAGGAGCAUCGGUGGUCCCUGGAGGCAAAAGGCAGCUCGUGAGUCCUGUCAUUUCCAGCCAGGCCUCUGUGGGGCAAGGCCCAGAAGGAAAUACAGAGUGCUCUUGAGGGAGAAGUCACAUCAGGAUACCCCAUCCCCUGAGAAGACAGGGGAAAGAGGUCAGCCACAUGGUUGGUCGUCAUGGUUAUGUGGUUAGUGUCUGGAAUUCCUCAUUUAGGGCUCUGGGAAGAGUAUUGCUCAAUGUGGGAUGGGGUGAGUGUUUUUAUUUUUUAUUUUUUUAAAGUUAUUUAUGGUUUGGUUUCUUGUGGCUGUGUUUUCAGGUUUGUUUCUGCAGGAGUGCUGCUUGGAAGCAUUGUGGGCUUGAGGGGCUGAGGGGGGCCGGGAAGACCAGUGGGGAGCACUUUGGCUCCUGCUGGAGGAAGAGGAGGAGGAGCCUUCCCCCAGAAGGACCAGAGCCGAGGUGGCCACAUGGCAGCCCACAGUGCCCCACGGGCUUUUCUGUUUGAUCCCACGUGGAACAAAUCUCAGAAACCAGUGGCGUUCUUUGCUGAGUGUCCAGAGGCAGCAUAAAUUAGCAAUCCUCACCCCCUCCCCAAGAAGAGGCCAGAUUUGAACAUCUCUCCCAGGUCCUAACAUAUUUCCUGGGGCGUCAGGGACCUAUGACCAAGCAGCAGAUGUCCCCACAGUGGAAGCGUUUCCCCCAUUCCUACCCCAAACUGGGGAGCAGAACUCAGUACCACCUCAGAACUUGCAGAAAGCAUCAGCAGUUCACUAAGGGCUGUUUCUGAUUUCCUGGACAACCUCUGUAUCAGAUCCAUCUCAUUGUCAAGCCCAGAGGGCUGAGUUUUGUUUUGAGUAUUAUGGGGAGCAGGGAAAUACAGGAUCUGGGUCCAGCUAGUGUUGCCAUAGGGAAGAGGCGGGUGUGUCCUGGCAGGAAGCCAGCCUUUGAAAAGGUGAGGACAGUGGCCAUCUUGUGGGAUCCAUUACAGUCAGUGCGUUUGAGCUGCUGGGUCUCCAUCACCAUGGAUUCAGCCAGUCGAGGAAGUCUCUAGGUUUUCUGUUCCAAGAAUAAAUUGUGCCGGGAAAUGGCUCUAAUUUGGGGUCCAAAGGGACUCCAGCUCUGAAAACUUGAUCCUGGGGCAGAGUGGGGCCAGGAUGGUUCUGGCAGGCCCAGAAGUACUGGCCAUUCUUCCCCAGCCCUUGCCCUGCUCCCUCCACUGUUCCCCACCUGGGGGUGGUAGGGGGCAGGCACCUCUAUCCAAGGCCCUUUCUGGUUCCUGGAGCCCUCCUAGUGUGGACUGCAGACUUCUUCCUUCUUCCCUUCCUAUGCCUCUGGGGCCAAGGCCUCCACCCCUGAGCUCUGAGGACUAUGCCGAGAAUGGACCUUUGGGACUUCUCAGGACAUUAACAAUUUGUACACUGCAGGUUGACUUAAUUUAUUUAUUUUGUGAAAAAGAAGAGACAGAAAAUAUUUUAUUUUUUGCAUGGACUCAAAGCUGUACCCAAAUCAAAAAAGACAAUAAUAAUAGAAACCAUUCACUUCGUACAUACAAGGACACUCCAAGACGAUUCAGAAUACACGAGAGGACAAAACUGAGAGCGUGAGAGUCACGAUGGCCGCAGGGUAUUUUUUUAGCUCGGUUUCCUCUUGUUGAUUUGAAGAUGUGACAGUAAGGCCCUUCCUGCUAUAUUAUCUUUGUCCAGGUAUCUGAAAUAGGACACAGCUCAAGAGAGUGUUGCCUUGGGCUCAGCAAUGCUCUGGGAACCCUUGGGGUUUAGGGAGGAGAAGGAGGGAUCACUACUGACUCUACACUCCAUGGGACCUGGUUGGAGUAACACAUGAGGGGUUUUCAGCAGAGAGCUGCGCUAGGGGAGGUGGUCCAGCUGGGAGCUAGUGCCUCCUUUUCCAGCAAGGCCAGCCCUGGUUUCUCUGCUCCCUCUGGCCCCCAUGAGCCUUCCCCUCCACAGCACCCACCUGCCUGGAGACAGAGGGAGUGUUGAGGCCUCACCUCCGCCCGCCGCCAGCUUCCCCGGAACAAGAGGCUCAUUCAGCAAUGAGCGUUUAUUCGUUUUUCUUUUUCUUCAUGAAGACCUCUUUAGCCCAGCCUAUAAAAAUAGUUCAGAACAUUCCAGGCCUUGGUGAGACAGGGCAGUGUCCAACACCCUCAGGCUGUCGCCACUGCUGCCCAUUCCUGGCUUCUCCUCUGGGCCUUGUUUAUAAACCUUGGAGUGGAUGAGGACAUGGGGGGAAGGGUCUUUGGGAGCAGGAUUUUUUGGGGGGGCAGGAUUCCUGAGUCCCAUGAAGAGGGAAAAAGAAGAAGCAGAUGUGCAGAUCUCUGUAGUACGGCCCUUGCAGGUUAUCACCAACUUAUUACUAAGGUUGAGAGACAUAAGCAAAUUCUAGCCCUCUGUCCCUUUAUGUGAUGCACUCAUUUGAAAAUAAGUAACUAAAUGAACAGGAAAAAAAAAAUGUUUGUCUGCCAGCACCCUCAGCCUGGGAGCUAUGCCAGAGGCUGGUCUAAUGGGGCAGCUGCUGACCAAACCCUUAAGAGCAGAGGACCCAACCAACCCAUUACAAGAACAUCUUUCCCUUCCACCUCUGCUUUCUGAACGAGCUCCAGGAGGUCCCUGUCCCAGAAGACGUAUGCUUGGCCUAGAGAGCAGACAGGAGAUGUAAGCAUCAGAUGGUCUGGUCCUGACCCUGAAGGUCUCUUCCAGCCCUGAUUGACUAUGAGGCCCUGGAUUAUGAAGGACAGGGGCAGAAGACUGGAUGGCUGUGUCCCCAAGGCAGUCCUCUCCCACUCCCAUCCCCAAAGGCUGAAAGCAAAGGUGGGUCUCAGAGGGAUGGGUUCCUGAGGCAGGGAGAGUGGGGUGGGGGAACAGGUGCCUGCAGAGGAUGCUCCUUCUUUAAACUUGUGCAGUCUGACGAGCUCCAAGAAGUGGAUCUUGUUAGUCUGCACAAAUUUAAAGGAGCGUCCUCUGAGUUCCAAAGUUAAUGGGUUUGCCUGUGAAGAUUCCUAGCACAUGGUCCAGCUAGAAGGGAGGAAGGCGGCCCAGGGUUUCCUGAAUGUAGCCACAUGGCCUUUCAACUGCCCAGCGUUUCAGAAGAGUGGAAGCUGCUCUUUACCUCAAAAGGAUGAAGCAGAAUUGGCAGCUCAGAUGUCUUAAGAACUUCAAGAUCCUAGGGUCUUGUGACCUUUGUCAUUCCAUACUGUGCAUGGGGGACUAAUUAGUUAUGUGUUUCCAAGAUUACAUGGUGCCAUCUUCAGGGCCUAGCUCAUAUUGCAGACCAGGUAUUUUAUUUGUAUUUAUUUGUCAGAUAAAAUGACCUAUGUUCCUGGCUUCUUCUAACAUUGGGCUUGAACUGGUCACCCCCUAAAGUCUCCCUUUCAUCUGUACUUUCUAGGCCAAGUCUGCCUGGCUCCCCUGCUCCCUCCUGGUUCCUGCAAACUCUUUUUGCCAAGAAUUUUGGCCCUCUGUCAUGUGUCAUGGCCGCAUAGUACAGGAUACCCCUUCGUGGCCAUGGUAUGUACAUAUGUGUCCGCACGUGUGUAUGUGUAACAUGUAGCUCAGCCUGCUUGGCAAUGUUGCUCCCAGCCCCCUUGCCAUCAAUGUCCCAGAUGUUCUUGUCGUGGCUACAAUCUCCUGGAAACACAGGGGCUGCCUUCAGAAAGCUGGUGGCCACCACCAGUCAGGAUCUUCUCUGCAGAACAGAAUGUGAACCCAUCACCUGAUGGCUUACUUGAUUUAUUUAAUUAAAAAUGAAAACGCGCAAUGAGCAGAAUCUGAAGUGUCUCUGUCCUC